AUGGAUGUUUGUGGUGAUGCCCAACUGACGGCGACUCAGUGCGGGAGGACGACGAGCUCUACCUCGCCCUCUAACACCCCCAGGAAUAACACCUUUAUGAACACUUGGGACGCAGGCACCUUCUCAACCACUAUUCUCUCCUCUUCAGACUUGGGUCCACCUGUGCUGUUAUACCCUUCUCCUACUCUCACGACGCGUAUGAAUUACGUCGAAGAUCUCAGUCUUUCGUAUCCUCAUUUGCAUUCAAACUCGAAUUCAAAUUCUCAAGAUAACGAUGGUGCUAGCCAUUCCGAUGAUACCUCUAGCGCACUCAGCGUUCCUCAACCGACGAUUGAGAUUCCGCUUGAUGAGUUAUUGAGAGGGAUGGAUGGGUUUGACGGUAUGAAAGGUAUGAAGGGCUUGGACGGCGGAGACGACAUGGAUGGCCUCCUUAAUCAUUUGCACCUGGUGCGAAGGGGUCAAGUGACACCACGACAAAUACCACGGAUACCUCGAGUUGUUCAACCAAUUUACUCAAACUACGACAACGGCGUCGUCGUCGACUCCCCCGUUGUUCGGUACCACCUCCUUAGUUCCACCGUCCAAAAAUCCCAACGCGAACGAUUUCAUGGGGAAGAUGAAAGCCAAGACGUAGAGAUGUUCGAUCAUUCCUCUUCCGCUUAUCACCCCUUGAUCUUUGACGACAAUCCCAAUAACGAACAUAUCUUUUCGUUUGAUCGUGACCUCAACUCCGCUGAACCUAUCCAAAUUCCCAUCCCAACUGUAUCCAGAGACUCGUUGCGUGUGCUGUUUGGGGACUCUCCCAGUGGUCGUUCGGAUAGCCGUUCAUUAACUCCAUUGGAGGAGGCUCUGAGUUUCAGUGGCCAGCAAGGUCGUUUGAGUCGGCUUAGCAGUCCCACUAGCCGCAGUAGCCAUCACACCCAUCUUUCCAACCACAAAGAUGACGCAGACUUAGUGGAGUCUGUCGAGUUGAUGAUGUCUUCCACGACCACGAUGACGUUAAGCAGUGCUCAACACAGUACUGAGUUCGUUUAUUCCGGUGCUGGCUCCAGCAAGUCUCUCAGCCAGAGGAGGUCUACAACUCCUCGUCCUUCCUCUCCUACUGGAGGAGGAGGAGGAGUUGCUGGUGGUCUUUCUGUCUCUAGUAAACCCAGGGCUUCAUCUAAACCACACAACCGGCCUAAACCUCGGGCGAACGCACGACCUAUGCCGAGACCUUCUGCCCGCCAGACUUCCAGAUCUGGUGUACGGAAUAUUCAUACUAGCAAUAACACUACUCCCAGAUCUAGUGCAGCUGCUUCUUCAAGGCCUGCGCUUACGGUGCAAACGUCUUCGAGUGGACGAGAUCAAGUUUGCCGAGUGCGACUGCACAUCCGAGUUCGCUUGUUCCGUCGAUUUCGUCGUCGUUCAGUGUCAGCGGGAGCGGAGAGCACCGUAACCAUCUGGAGUGUCACACGUCCAUCUUCUCUGAAUCCGAAGCAGGAAACGCUCCCUCAGCUCCUCGCGCUUUCUUUGCCCUCUAGGUUCGUGUUUGAAGCUGAAAUGGACCAGGAUUCGGAAAUAGUUCUGGAUAUGGAUGAUUACUUGGAUGUCCUGCCGCAUGCUGCACCUCAGGUUGUCCCACGUCCCCCUCAACACAUCUUGGAACACGAAACUGAGGUUCUGGACAUUGAUUCGGACGUUGACGCUGGCUGGCCCACUGUGCCCCUUACACCACUCCGGCACCACCUGCUAUCGGACGACGACAUGAAAGGAAUGGAUAUAUGUGCUGCUAAUCCAUCUUUCUCCCCAGUUCCUUUUGCUCAUCGCAUUGCCUCGCAUUCUGAACCUGGGUCUGAUCGCUUCAAGGGGCCACCAUCUCUCGAUUUUGGGUCCGACAACUCUGACAAAGAAGAACAAGACCAUAUCCUCAUCUCUUUUCGUCCCAUUCACGAAGCUAAGCGACAUUCUCACUGUCCUCGUACACCCCAUGGACUGGAUUCUGCAUUCAAGUUUUUCAAUUAUCACAAAGCGCACACACCAAUCUUCAUGGACUCAGACAACGUGGCUUCAAAUACCUUUUUGGACGCAGACAUGCUUACGAACGCCCUGGAUGUCAAGUUUGACUUUGACUUGGAAGCUGACGUUGACGCAGAUGCUUUACCUCUUCACCCGCAACUUCACAGUUCGUCCGGUUUCAAUAUGGUCACGUCUCAAUGUAAUCAAUAUCGUGCGGAAGACGAUGGGACAAUAGGAAAAUCUGACUGGGAGCUCGAUUUCACGGAAGAUAUUACGAGGCUGAAUAAAAUGUAG